CUGGUCACAUGACCUGUGCUGGGCUCUGUCCCUAGGAAUCAGUAACUCUUAACCGGUCAGACAGGACAGGAGCAGCCCGAGCUGGGAUUUUGCGCAGAAUGCCCUCGUCUUGGCUUCCCGCCGUCGGCCUCACCCUCCUGCCCCAUGUGGGGGGACUGCUGGGGGGGCUCAUUACGAGGAAGGAAGUGACCACCUGGUACACCACCCUGGUUAAACCAUCAUGGCGACCCCCAAACUGGCUGUUCGGACCCAUGUGGACCACCCUGUAUACAUCGAUGGGUUACGGAUCUUACCUGAUUUACAAGGAGCUCGGCGGGUUCACCGAAGACGCGCUCGUCCCCCUCGGACUCUACGCCGGGCAGCUGGCGCUCAACUGGGCCUGGACCCCCAUAUUUUUCGGGGCUCACAAAAUCGGAUGGGGACUUGUUGAAAUCGUGGUCCUGACGCAGGUUGCCGCGGCGACCGCCGUUUCCUGGUACCCGAUCAGCAGGACGGCGUCCUUCCUCAUGGUGCCGUACCUGGCCUGGCUGACGCUGGCCUCGGCCCUCAACUAUCAGAUCUGGAGAGAUAACAAAGACAAGAGCGAAUAGAGACUGCCGAGGCUUCCAACAAAAACCUUUACAUAAAAUGCCUUAUUAUUUCUGUAAAAUAUUAUUAACCUGUUGAGGGCCAGCAGUUUGAUUCAUUGUGCCAUUUAUCACACGCCGUGCGGCGUACGGAGACCUCAGUGCCUUCAUCUGAACGCGGGAUCGAUGUGACGCAGGAGGCAGAAAUAAAGCGAACGGGAAUACGGUGCUGGUA